AUGCCGAAGAAAAAGUCACAACCCGAACCAAGCGCGAUCAGCAAGAAAUGCCCUGCACACCCUGAGAAUGACGUCAUGUUUGUGUGUAAAAACUGCAUGGAGGAGCUGGUGUGUUCGCAUUGUGUGACGUCAACACAUAACGGCCACUUUUUCGUUGAGUUAGAGGAUUUUGUGAUUCAGAAAAAAGACGACAUCGACCAGUUUCUUCGAGAAGCAGAACGGGAUUUGCCGAUGAUUAAAAACAAGAUUGCAGCUACUGAGAAAAAUUUGAAUGGAAAUGAUGGCUACUUCAAGGACAUCAUCAGCGACAUCCAGCGGCAGGCGACGGAACUAAAGUCAGAGAUAGACAAGAUUAGCGACAACUAUAUUCUGCUUUGCGAGCAAAUGGAAGAAGAAAACAAAGACAAUCUCCGGAAGUUCAAACAGGAACUUGAGUUUAUCUAUAGUGGAAUGGCGACGCUUGUGAAGACAUGUCGCGAUGCUAUUGCGUCAGAUACUGACAUGGAGAUUAUCUACGCAGAACGGAAGAUUCCAGAAGAUCGGGAAAUCCCGACCGAUUUCCCUUUAAAAGCAGCAGUUUUCCGUCCCGGGAAUUCAGGUACCGAACAGAAGAUUCGGGUCUUCGGAACGCUUGCAAUUGAAGGGAGUAACAGUCUGAGCGAACGGUCCGCACUUUCAUCGUCUCCUGAAAACCUGGAAGUCCUUUCGGAGUUCCAACACAACAAAAGAAUCCACUCCAUGUGUCCAGUGGGAGAGAAUGUCUGGUUGCUCGAGCGACUCAGCCAGGAGAUUCUUCUUGUGAACCUCAGCGGGGCCGUCCAGCGCACGAUCACAAAUGAGUCUAGAGUCUACGAUAUCGCCGUCUCCAAGGAAACUACAGACCUGUGGCUCGCGUGCGAAGACCGCACGAUCAGAGAGGUUCAUACAGCCACCAUCCCCGUUAUCAGAUUCCGGGUAGAAGAAACUCCACGCUGUCUGUGUAUCACGGGAGAUGAUUACAUUAUCAUAGGUAUGGAUCGGAAGAUCGUCAUAUACUCCAGUGAAGGUCACAUCGAGCGAGCAAUGGACAAAUUCAGUCCAUUGGCUCGAAUGCUGAAACGACCACAUCACAUGACCGCAUGCGAUCGCGCAGCUGAAGUGGCUGUUAUCGUGUAUGACAAUCAAGUCACGCGCAAACUGCACGUGACUGUUGUUGACGAGAGUUUACAGCUGAAGUAUCAUCACGAGGGAGACUGUGUCACCAUCCGAAAUGGUAGCAUCCGCGCUUCCGGUUACAGCCCGUCCCGGAAGUUCCGCCCGUAUGAUGCGUGCUACGAUAAGCAGAAGAACAUGCUAAUCACAGAUAUGAAUAACAAAUGUGUGGUCAUCGUCCACGGGAAGAACAAGAAGAUGGAGACACUUGUUACAGAGGACUUUGAGCCUCAUGGCAUCGCUCUCCAGGACAACGGCAACCUGUGGGUCGGCCUCGAGGGCAACAAGGUCAAGGUUUACAAAUAUAAAUAG